AUGGAUCUAGCGAAGCUCAAGGUGGCCGACUUAAAGGCCGAGCUUGCGGCCCGAAACCUAGAUACCAAAGGCGUGAAAGCGGUGCUGCUGGAGCGUCUCAAGGAGGCGAUCGAGCGAGAAAGCAACGCUACCGUCACCGCCGUCGGGCUGAGCAGCCCGCAGCAAUUCCAGGCACAGCAGCACUUUUUGCUGCAACAGCAGCACCAGCAGCAGCAACAACAGCAUCAGCAGCAGCAACAACUAUUUCUGCAGCAACAACAGCUCCAGGAGCAGCAGUUACUGCUGCAACAUCAGCAGCUAUUGCAGCAACAGCAGCAACAGCAGACGUUCAAUGAAGUUUCAAGUGAAGUUCUGCACCAGCAUGAGCCCCAAGAGCAGGCUAUCGAGGAUCUUUCGAUGCCAAACAAAAGAGCGGAAACACCGGUACGCCGCAGCCGAAGGCGUUCCAUGACACGGUCACCGUCUCCCACAGACAGUCUUGGAGAACACACGCCGGCCGCAUCACUGCUGGGUAGUGCCCGCAAGCGCGGCCGUUCACGUUCCAUGACAAAAACACCCUCUCCUCAACGGCUGGCCGAAGCAGCGUCAUGCCUUGAAGCGGUGCAAGAGGAACCGGAACCACCAGCAACAGUGGCAGCAGAUGAGCGGCUCGACGCCCAGAUGGAGCUUACUGACACCGUGUGGCCCGAAGUAAAAGGCGAAGACAGCGCGCAAUCUUUCGAUGCUUUCGUUGCCGCCGACCACACUCAGCUUCUGUCGGAGAAGAGUGAAGACACGCUGGGUUCUUCGGUGCCGGAUGUGGAACCAGUUUUCGCAAUGGACACGGAAGCACCGGAAGUGAAACCUCCUUCAUCGUUGCUAGACGAGGAUGACGUGCGGCGUGGCGAAAAUCAAGAGCAUACUCCAGAGGAUCCGCUGGCAGCAGAUGAAUCCUCUAACGUAGCCACCGAGGACGAAGUCAGCCCUCUGCCACCAGCAGAAUCGGAACUGGUGAAGGUGGAAGUUAAGGCAGAAGUCGAAGGGAACGAAGAACAAACAGUCGAAAAGCAGGAAGCGGACGAAAAGGUGUUGAAAACUGAACCCGAACCGGCUGCUAGUGGUGGCGAAGAGAAGGGAAAGGAAUCCUCCGACGCCGGCAACAAAAAGCAAACGCAGCAUACCAAUACCAUCGAGUUUUUGUCGGAAGAGAUCGAGCCUCAACUGGCGGAUGAGGCGAGCAAAGCACAAUUGAGUUGGUAUGAUUCCGAUAUCAACCUUAUGAUUAACCCGAAGGAUUGUCUCUCUGCCAAGCCCCUUUCCGAUGGCAUAUUCGGUUUGGUGUGGGGUGGGGCACGCGCUAACCGUGGAUUCACCGGUGGGCGAGUAUUCUACGAAGUAUCAGUAGGCGAUGAAUUACAGCCCGCCACUCGCUCACCGUUCGUACCAGAAGGUGAAGAGUGCACACCGGAGAUUCGGAUAGGUUGGUCGACGCUGGUUGACGGCAAGCGAAAUCUGGGCGAAACGGCAUGUUCGUUUGGAUACGCCAGCAGUGGACAGAAGGUUAGCAGUGGCACCUUCGAGGAGUACGGUGCAACUUUUGGCAAGCAUGAUGUCGUCGGUGCCUACUUGGAUCUGGAGUCACAACCGUGCAGCAUUCAAUUUACGCUCAACCGAGUACGCCAGGGAGAAGCUUUCGUGUUUGAAAAGGACAGCCUCGACAGUGCGGCACUAUUCCCGCACAUUUACACGAAAAACUUAUCCUUCAAAAUCAACUUCGGAACCGUCCAGGAAGGGUUCCCGUUGAAGGUGGCAGAAAAGGUCACUGCUGCUAAGGAAGAGUCCGAUAAAGCUACGGACGAUAAAGUGGACGCCGAUUCGUCGAAGGACGAAUCGCAGAAAAGUGCUGAGCCAGAGGCCGAUUUGACAGAAGAAGAAUCGAAGGCUGAAGACACCCAGGAGAAGGUAGCUACUACUGACACUAGCGACUCUGCAGCCACUAGCGACGGGGACGCAGUAUCCACCGAAAGCGUUCCAUUCGACCCCGAGUUUCACUUUUGCGACCGUUUGAUUGAAGAAACCCCGGAUCUGAUUGUUGAAGGACUGAAAGGACCACCGACGAGAGACUGUUGUGAGUUAAUAAUGAUGAUUGGGCUACCGGGAAGCGGCAAAACGCACUGGGUGCAAAAUUAUCUUCGUGAAAACCCUGAAGCAUCGUUCACCGUGCUGAGCGUCAACAGUUUGCUUGAGAAUAUGAAGAUUCUGGCACAGCCCCGCGAACCUUCCAAUACACCGCAGUGGCAGAAGGUGAUUGAGCAGCUUACCCGGAACAUUGGCCGGUUGAUUGAAAUCGCUUGCAAGCGUCGCCGUCACAUUCUCGUUGAUCAGACGAACGUCUUUUCUUCGGAGCAAAAGCGCCGCCUCAGGGGAUUCGGUGGCUUUAAGUCACGACGUGCGGUCGCAGUUAUCCCGAGCGUGGAAGAGUACAAACGGCGCUACGAAGAGAAAAUUGCCAAGUACGGCAAGGAAGUACCUGACACGAACCUCAACACCAUGAAGGCAAACAUUUUUGUGCCAUCAGCCGAGCUAAAGCUAUACACGGAGAUCAUGUUUCCCGAGUUGCCCGAAACAGAGGCACGGGAAAUGAUCAAAAAGCUGAACGAAGAGGGCAGGAAGUUAAUACCUCCGCGGCGCCAACGGGGCAAUCAGUCGAACCGAAACCACCACAAUCAGAAAAACAGUGGAAGCUCGAACUCCUCCAACAGCUACACUUCGCGAUGGAAUCACAAUCGUUCGCAGGGCCAGUACACCAACAAAACGAACCGGUACGGCAGUGGUUCUGGUGGUGGCGGUAGCGGCGGCGGUGGUGGCUACAAUCGGUACGGCAACAAAUCGAACGACAGCAGUCAGUACCAUCAUCAUCAUCAUCGCGCCGGUGGAGAUUAUCGUAGUGGCGGAGGCAACGGCUACGGACGGCGGGAUGAUCAACAGCGCGGUGGCGCAGGAUACGGCGGUGGUGGUGGUGGUGGUAACCGUUAUGACUCGUGGUCACGCAACAGUGGCGGGUAUUACAAUGAUCGUGGUUAUACGAACCGUGGCUACCAGCAACAGCAGCAGGAUCAUUCCAACAACCGAUACGAUGCGCGACGUCGCGAUCGUCGAGGAUACAAUAGCUCGGGAUGGAACGCACACGGUGGGCAGCAGCAACAACAACAGUGGAACAACUAUGGCGGUAACUCGGGCACCUCCGACACCUGGUACAGCUGGUGGCAGUCGAACUUGAAGAACUUGCUGCACCAGGGCGGCGGACAGAAUGGGGGCAGCGGUGAUCAGUCGGGCUCGUCUUCGGGCGCGUACUGGAACCAGCAGUACAGCCAUCAGAAUGCAUCGUCCUCGUACGGUAACUACCACUCGAAGGGGGGUUCCGGGGGCUCCAGCAAUAUCGGAUCAAACUGAGGCGCAACGAUGACGAGCUGGUGUUCCCUCUUGCCUAGUAUUCUGUGCAAGGGUGCCCUUCGGUUUGGCCACUUUUCGUUUGCCGCUGCCUAUUGAACAUGUUCGUCUUUUUUCUUAUUUUUAAUCUUCCCGCCCGACGCCCCUAAACAAAUAUUUAACUUGUUGUAGAGUAGUGUAGUUUUAAUGAAACUUUUUCAUCGCUCGAGAACCACACACCACACAACAUCUACGCUAGAGCAACCGCGUGCGCUGGAGGCCAACCGUGAACCGUGAAAGCAGCUCGUGUGUUGGCGGACACGCGACACUAGUUUUGUGCUAGUAGAAUGAACAGGAUUCGAUCCGCGCAUGCAAGAGAUGCACCCAAUCGCACCGAAACCGAUAGCGGAUAGAGACACGCUGCCGCGCGAGACCUGACCUUGUGUACUUUAUCUGUAUAAUGUAUGUUUUCUUUGAAUAUGAACACCUAAGACAACUCUCAAUGAAAGACGCUUGAGGAACUGGAUGGCGGAUAAUCACGGCGUUUUACCCGUAGCGGCACCGAUAAUCGGUACACGUUGUGUUGUUUUUCAUUUUAUGGAUUUUUGUUUUGCAAUUCCCCGCGCUUGAGAGUGGAUACUUUUGUGAAAGAAUAGGAAAGCCUUAGGCCAGCCCUAAAGAGAGUUCUCUUUGGUCCUUUUUUUUAAUGAACGUAUCGCGAACAGUUCCGGUUGAGUUUAGGUUAAGCUUAUCGGUGUGUGGCCUGUAGAUGUGAUGCGACGCCACCAUCGCGACUGUCCGACCACUCAUCGCUCAUAACAAUUCAUUCAGCGAGGCGCCGCCGAGCUUACGGUUUUCAUCUUUGGUUGGUAUUAUGCCACACCGUCUUUUACUACUGCUAGCCAGCAUCUCAUUAACUUUUUACGGUAGUACAUGAAUAAACAGUAGUAGUAAUCCCCCCUAUACAAACAUAUAUAUAUAUAAUUAGCAAACCAGAACUUCGAUAGCGAAUACACUGUGCGUGUGUUGUGUGUGUUCCGUUUAAAGAUGAUUAGUGUAUGGUGGGUAAGAACGGUAAAAACAGAGGCGCAAAAAGCGAUCCGCGACAAACUGAUACCUGUAGGGAUUCAACGCUAAACGAACGAUUGAGAGUGGGAUUAAUUGUAAAAUUGAUUGCUAUAUUAUGAAAUCACAUGCAAACCACAAACACACACAACUUUUGGCGUGCUCUAUUCUUAAAUUAUUAAAGUAAUGUUCAUUCUUAAAAAAACAAAUGCAGCAACAUUGCAAGCAGCAAUGGGACAGUGAAUAUCUAUGAAUUGAAAUGACAAAAAUAAACAAGAAGUAAUAAACAAACUAAACACGCGCUCCUACCUUAAAUAGAAUCCCCCGUGGGCUGGCCUGGCGUUCAGUUGCCGCCGGAAAGGGAUGUGAAUGCACUUGG